AUGGAAAUUCCAGCAAAAAAGAAUUUUUCAAAGUCUCUUCCAAUAUGGCUACAAAUAGGUGGAUCUCUUCCCGUCUUAAAUGAAAAAACAUUUUCUAUAAAGGAUAUGAAGCCUUCCAGGAAAUCUGCUCCUCGUUUGGUUCUGACGGUCCCUCCAAAUUUGGAAGAAAAACGUGUCAAAAUUUCCAAAACACCACUUAUAUUGAAAUAUUUGAAGAAUAAUUGGAUAUGGCAUAACAAAAAUGGGACUGAGAAAUGCCCAACCCCUCCAAUAUCAAGAAAACGACGAAGAACAACACCAACAGAAAGAGACGAUGAUGAUAGUUCAUCGAAUAAUGAGGGAGACGAUACACCUGAACGUACAAGAUUUAGACCUUCUGAAGAAAUUGUUGAAGGGCAACGAGGAAUGGAAACUGAACAAAAUGUAUCAAUUCCAACAAUUUCUGCUUUAAAUGAAACAGCAGCAAAUGAAGGAAGAGAAGUAAUUAUACACCAUUUUAAACACGAUUUUUUAACUCGACAACAACUUGAAAAUAGGGGGGAAGGAGAACAGAGUACCUCAACAAAUACCUUCCAAAUUAAUUUAAAUACGUGUAUGGCUGCGAGAGAAAUUGAACAAGAUAAAGAAGAGGAAGGGAUGGAGGGAGAAGGGAAUGAGGAUGAGAUGAAUAAUGAUGAAGGAAGAUGAA